GAGGCUGUUAUUUACAUAAAGUGCGCCGCCCCUGCCUUGCAAAGUAUUUCUCUGCAACUGGGCUCCGAGUUUCCGUACCUCGACAGGAGAGAUGGUCACCUACAGGGUCACGGUAGCCACUGGAACGUCAGACUACUCGGGAACCAACGACUACGUCUAUGUCACUCUAGUGGGAGAGAGGGGGUCCAGCAAGAGAACUCUCCUCGACAAGUGGCUGUACAAUGACCUGGAGAGGGGGAGCGUGGAUGAAUACGAGGUGGAGAGUGAGAAGGACCUGGGUUGCAUCUGGUGGGUGCAACUGGACAAGGAGAAGUUCCUGGUGGAGGACAAUUGGUUCUGCCGCUACGUGAUGGUGCGGCCGCCUUCGGGAGAGAGCCUCGUCUUCCCCUGCUACAGAUGGUUGUGCCACAAUGACAGCGUCUGCCUCCGGGAAGGAGCAGCUAAGCGACCCACUGAUGACACACUACCCGUCUUUCGGUCGCAUCGUCAGGGGGAGCUCGAGGACAGGCAGAAGUUGUACAGGUGGAAGGUUUGGAAGACUGGCGUCAGCAAGUGCAUUGAUGCUGAAACCAAGGAGCACCUGCACCCGGACGUCAAGUUCGACGAUGACAAACGUGCCGACUUCGAGAACUCCCUGCAGUUGGCUUUAGGGGAACUGUUCCUGAAGAAGUUUGUGAAUAUGUUCGGAAACUCAUGGGACAGUCUGGAGAGCUUUCAGAGGAUAUUCUGGAGAGUCAAGAGUGCCAUAGGAGUCUACGUGGCAAAACAUUGGAAGGAAGACUGGUUCUUUGGGUACCAGUUCAAAAAUGGUUGCAAUCCCUGCUUGAUCGAGAGGUGCACGGAGAUCCCAAAGAAAUUCCCUGUGACAGACACCAUGGUCAACCAGUUUCUCGGAGGCUCUACACUGGCACAGGAAAUGAAGAAAGGGAACAUUUACAUCGUGGACUACAAGAUCUUGGAUGGAGCUAUUGGAAACGUGAUUCAGGGGAAACAGCAAUACAUGGCAGCCCCCCUCUGCCUGUUGUUCCAGGACUCCCAGAACAGGCUGAUGCCUGUAGCCAUCCAGCUUGGCCAGCACCCUGGGCCCAACAAUCCCAUCUUCCUGCCCUCGGAUCCAGAGAACCUCUGGAUGCUGGCCAAGAUCUGGGUGCGGAGCUCCGAUUUCCAGCUGCAUCAGAUUUGCUUCCACCUGUGUGGGACUCACCUCCUGGGAGAAGUGUUCUGCAUCGCCACAUUGAGGCAGCUUCCUGCCGUGCACCCUGCCUUCAAGCUUCUGAUUCCGCAUACGAGAUACACACUGGAGAUAAACACGCGGAGCAGAACUGGACUCAUGGGCAAGGAUGGUGUCAUUGCCAGACUAGCAGCCUCGGGUGGCCCUGGCCUGGGUGCAGUUGUCCAGAAGAUAUUUAAGUCGUUCACCUAUAGGUCCAUAUGUCUCCCUGACAACUUGCAGGACCGUGGAGUCCAUGGACUGAAGGAAUACUUCUAUCGGGAUGAUGGACUCCAAAUCUGGGGUGCAAUCAACAAGUACGUGAAGAACAUCAUGGGGCUGUACUACAAGAGUGACUGCGACGUACUUGAAGACGUGGAGUUGCAGGCUUGGCUGAAGGAUGUGGUCCAAGAGGGAUUUGCAGAGCUUCCUGAAUUUGGCAUCCCGACAAGCUUUCUGACCAGGGAGGAGCUGUUCAAAUUCUUCACGAUGGUGAUCUUCAUCUGCUCCGCCCAGCACGCUGCAGUGAACAACGGUCAGUACGAUUGGAGUUGCUGGGUGCCAAACUUGCCUUGCACCAUGAGGAAGCCUCCACCCACCUCCAAGGAGGACCACUCAAUCGAGCAGCUCAUGGACACGCUACCUGAUAUGAGUCAGUCCGCUAUGCAGAUGGCAUUCAUGUGGCAACUGGGUCGGUCUUUACCCAACAAGAUCCCCCUGGGCUUUUUCGAGGAGAACUUCACCGAGCCUGAUGCUAAGCAGAUCAUAGCAGAGUUCCAGCAGGAUCUGAAGGAGAUCGAGCAAAGGAUUGAGGACCGAAACCAGCAUCUUGAACUCAAGGAUGUAUUGACAUGGUACCACAGUGGUUCGUGUAAAACUAUUACAGUGCCACUGUCUGUAAGGAGCUCGUACUUUCACUCUGUAACCGAAUAUCCCCCAUGUGCUUCAGUUUCCUCCACAUUCCAAAGAUGUACAGCAGGAAAAUGAACAUUGAGGAAGCAUAUGCUUAUAUAAUCGUACUUUGAUAAUAAAUUUACUUUCAACUACUAUGUCUCUGAGGCCUGAACUAUCUCCAACACAGUCGCUGCAAAAUUUCCCAGGGAACUCAGCAGUUCAGGCAGCAUCGGUGGAGAGGAAUAAACAGUCAACGUUUCGAGCCGAGACCCUUCGUCAGGACAAAAAAUGAAAGGGAAACAAGCCAGAACGUGAAGGGCGAGGGCAGGAGAACAAGAACAAGAUGGCAGCUCGUAGGUGAAAACAGGCCUCACAUUGUCGGCGAUGAUCGUCUGGGCGAGCAUCAGAAUUCCCAGGAACAAGAACAGUCUUUUCAUCAUCUUCGAGCUGGCUCUUAAAUCAAGACAAGAGAGGGCUCAUUUAGUGGGAAGUCCGACAAAGGUUUGAGGUGUUAAGAAAGAGGAAGACGCUGCGGAAAGAUUCAAACCGAUAGCUCAAGCAGCAUGAAAAGGAUGAAGGCUGAACAGCCUCUUUCUGCCAGAGGUAAAAACACAUGAAUGGCAUACGUCAAGACGCCACCACGUGAUAGAUGGAUGCCUUGUAAAAAGUAGACUUCGGGACAAGCGCACGAUGUGCUCUCUCAAUUUCCAGCUCCAUAGUCGAGUGAAGCUCCAGCACGUCCCGCAGCAAGUUUCCGACAAACUCCAUCAUAGACAAGCCCUCCACUCCUUCAGGAAUGUCGUAUAUUCUGAUACUUUUCCGCCAUGAUCUUCCCUCCAGAUGGAUGCUUCCUCUACCGUGGCCUGGCACUUAAGCUCAGGACAGGAACAUCGCCAGGUAGCUGCUGCAUGGCUAGAAAGGCUCGUCGGACACAGGCCCAGAAACUUCUUUAAGGACUGGUCCCAUACAUCCUGAAUUCUCUUGCAGAAAGGGCCUCCGUGCAGCGUACCAUCACACGGGAACACUUCCUGCACACCCUGCUCCACUUACUCACUCCUGGCUGCAGCCCGGUCACACUCCAGCAGUCAGCUCGGCCACCUUGCAGCGACUGGAGGCUUCUGAACGAGGAUCUGCUGCAGAAAGCAGCUUUGUUAAACUGGUUCAAGCCGACAGCAUAUACUUUCCAAAGCCUGCAUCCACUAUUAAGAGUGCUCCAUGAUACAACCUUAUUGCUCCCAUCACGGAAGAGACCCUCCCCAGGCACUCAACUCUGUAACUGUACAAAAAUAUUACACCUGCCCCUGCUCUUGCCUCACCACCACCCAGAGCUCCAAACUGCCCCUGCUGGUGAGGUACUCCUUCGCAUGCGAACACUGCAGUGUUAUUCAUCACAUCCGGUGCUCCAGGUGCGACCGCCUAAAUAUCGAUGAGACCGGACGAAGGCUGAGCGAGGGGUAGUGGGGGGAAGGAACAGCUUUCCCGGGCACUUUCCUUUUCCUGCCAGUGCUAGGUGAGGUUUCCCAGUGGCCAGACAUUUCACUUCCACUUGCCAGUCCCAUACCAACGUGUCUGCCCACAGCCUCCUCCACAGGGUCAAAGCCAAAGGCAAAAUCCAGAGCACUGUGCACACAGUGUUGUCGGUGAUCCCACGCAUCUCUUUGACCCCAACCCCCUACCAUCAGGCAGGAGGUACCGUAGGCCAGUUAGGAUGACCUACCAAAUCCCCUGCCACCACCCAGGUCUCACCAUGUAUGAAGCAGCAUUAGUGGUGUAUUGCUAUUUCUAUCAUGUGUCUUGUAAAUGGAAAUUCAUAAAUGAUUUGUGGUAAUCGUACUUUGUGUUGUGUGUGUUAAAUGUACCGUGUUGUGCAUCUUGGUCAGGAGGGGCGAUGUUGUGUUUCAGUGGUUCAAUUGUUCAAUUUAAUAUCAGAGAAUGCAUACACUAUACAAUCUGAAAUCCUUACUCUUCGUAGCUGUACAAUAUACUGUGUAUGUUAAUCAAAAGGGCUUCUUAGUUUUGUUAAGAGUAGGAAUGCUUCUUUGUAUGAUAAGUGCUUUCUCUCACAGUUGUUUAGCUUUGGACUUGCUGAUAUCGGGAUUAUAUUCAUUUGAUAACCAAAGGGGAAUGUUAUUUUGUCUUGUGAGGCUGGGAGCUUGAGGGUUUUUGCGGUCUUUUCAGGGGAGUCGGGAAGAAGACGCCCAGGAAGGUGGACGUACGCUGCACUGCUCGGUCGACCACCAGGGUUGUCCCAGGUGCAAGGACGUGGAGGUCGGAGGAAAGUGACGAGGGGUCGAAUGGUUCGAUGGUUGAGCUCCAACGAUGUGCACUAAACUGACUGAACUUUGAUAAAUUCAAUUUUAGGUUGUUCCACUUUCGGGGGGACCUGUGAGGUGAAAUACUGCGGGGCUGACAAGAAGAUAAUCAAUGGCAAAUGUCCCUUCAUCUAUCACUGUUGUGUGAAACAAUAGGGAAAGAGGGAGGAAGGACGCCAAGAGGCAUCUUUGUUUGACCAGAGGAGCGGCCUUCAAUUCAGGCUCCAUCUUCUUGUCGAGACACCCAUGACCCGGAAGCAUUACCACAUGAAUCACAUUAAUAAAAGAUGUUGCACA